AUGAGCCAUUCCGGCAGCAUCCGCGCCACCUCCUACCGCCGCACCUUCGGGCCGUCGCCCAUGCUGUCGCCGAUGCCCUACUCCUCGUCCCGUCUGGCCUCGGCCUCUUCCGCCACGCGGCUGCUGAGCGCGCCUUCCGCCGCCACCUCCCUGCGCUCCUACCGCGGGAGCGGCGGCGGCGGCGGUCUCUACUUGCGCAGCGGCCCGCUGAUGGGGGUGGCGGCGCCGCCGCCCCGCUACUCCUACAGCGCCGAGAAGCUGGACUUCUCCGUGGCCGACGCCCUGAACCAGGAGUUUCUGGCCACGCGCAGCAACGAGAAGCAGGAGCUGCAGGAGCUCAACGACCGCUUCGCCAGCUUCAUCGAGAAGGUGCGCUACUUGGAGACGCAGAACGCCGCCCUGCUGGCCGAGCUGGGCCAGUCCCGCUCCAAGGAGCCCACCCGCGCCUCCGACCUCUUCCAGGACGAGCUGCGCGAGCUGCGCCGCCAUGUGGACGCGCUGGGCAAGGACCGCGACCGCCUGCAAGUCGAGAGGGACAACCUGGCCGAGGACUUGGCCGCCCUCAAGCAGAGGAUGGAUGAGGAAAUGCACAAGCGAGAAGAUGCUGAAAACAACCUGGUUCUCUUCCGCAAGGAUGUGGAUGACGCCACCCUUUCACGCCUGGAACUGGAGCGCAAGAUCGAGUCCCUCAUGGAUGAAAUCGAAUUCCUCAAGAAACUGCACGAGGAGGAGCUGAACGACAUGCAAGUGAGCAUACACAGCCAGCAGCAGGUGCAAGUGGAGGUGGAGCAGACUAAGCCGGAUCUGACCGCCGCCCUGAGAGAGAUCCGCACUCAGUAUGAAAGCAUCGCGGUCAAGAACCUGCAGGAGGCUGAGGAGUGGUACAAAUCCAAGUUUGCCGACCUGUCAGAUGCAGCCAAUCGGAAUCACGAGGCCCUUCGUCAGGCCAAACAGGAGAUGAACGAAUCUCGCCGUCAGAUCCAGACCCUGACCUGUGAGGUGGAUGGACUCAAAGGAACAAAUGAAGCCUUGCUGAGACAGAUGCGAGAUCUUGAGGACCAAUAUGGAGCCGAAGUGGGCUCCUACCAAGAGACAGUGGCGCGGCUGGAGCAGGAGAUCCAUCACAUGAAGGAAGAGAUGGCUCGGCACCUCCGGGAGUACCAGGACCUGCUGAAUGUCAAGAUGGCUCUUGACAUUGAAAUUGCGACUUACCGCAAGCUGUUGGAAGGAGAGGAAAGUCGGAUUGCAGUGCCUGUCCAAUCUAUGGCGUCUUUCAGCAUCAGAACUGCAGUUUCAGAGCCAGAUCCAAGUGCAGAGAGCCACACCCGGAAGACGGUGCUGAUCAAA